AUGGCGCCCUCUAUGCACCCCCAGGCCAAGUUCGACCCUAUACCUCCGAACCUCGACCUCCAUAACCUAGUCGACCGAACUCCAAAUUUCGAAUGGGCUAUGCGGAUUUCGGCCAAAGAACUUAUGCGCUUCGAUGCCCAGAGAUUCGAGAAGCUAGUAUAUUUACAUGUCAUUGCUGGCGGAAAGCCGUUAGUCAUCACGGACUGGAACCUCAAGCUCCCCAAGUCUAUUUUCAGUGCAGCUUUCCUACAGAAUACAUAUGAUAAGAAGGAGGAAAACGUUCGCGACAUCAAUGCGCAGUCCGACAUACCCAUGACCACUGGUCACUACCUCAGAUCCAUGAAACAGCUGACGGACCAGUGGACACCCAGCAACUUUCGUGACGAGCGAAGACAGCGACUCUACCUCAAGGAUAUCGAUUGCCCGCCUGAGUGGCACGACUAUCUUCGCAAAGUCAUUCCUCCAGUACUCUUUUACAUGAACGAGAAUGUUGAUGACAAGGGUGUCCCUCGCAACGAGGCUCGCGACGAGGGGAUGUUCGUUGAUGAGCAAGCAAAUGCGCCGGCUGCCCCGGCAGGUGACUUGAUGAGCAGCUUGCCCGAAGAUAUGCGCGCUCAGAAUCUUAUGUGCUAUAUCGGCCAUGAAGGUACUUACACUCCCGCUCAUCGUGAGAUGUGCGCCUCUCUGGGACAGAAUAUCAUGGUGGAUGCUUCCGGAGACGAGAAAGGAGAGAAGCCGGGAAGCUCAAUCUGGUUCAUGACCGAGACAAAAGACAGAGAAGUUGUGAGGGAGUAUUUUCUCUCAAUGCUCGGACAUGAUAUUGAGAUUGAGAAGCACUUUGCCCAAGUCAAUGCCUGGAAGAAGGCAACAUUCCCGGUCUACAUCGUGGAGCAGAAGGUUGGAGAUUUUAUUCUCGUACCUCCUCUAGCUCCCCAUCAGGUCUGGAAUCGUGGCACGAGAACGAUGAAAGUCGCAUGGAAUCGGACUACCGUGGAGACACUCGAGCUAGCCCUCCAUGAAGCGCUUCCUAAAGCGAGGCUCGUAUGCCGUGACGAGCAAUAUAAGAACAAGGCAAUCAUCUACUUCACUCUGCGCAAGUACUAUGCACAACUCAAUGAGAUGGAAGAAGCGGAAAUGUCUUGGCUUAACUUUGGCCAGGAUCUGAUCCGAAGCUCCACUUCGUCUCGGAAGGACCAGAUGGCGAAAGACUUCAAGAAACUUCUUAGCCUUUUCACCGAGAUACUAGUCGAUGAAAUGUUCGGCCAGAAGGAGAAAGAUGUCGAGAUGAUUCCCUUCGAUUCGUUCGUGACCUGCUCAUACUGUCGCGCCAAUAUCUUCAACAGGUUUCUCACAUGCAAGCAUUGCGUACGACAGCUUGUAAAUGGCGAUGAGGAUACCUACGACGUCUGCAUGGAGUGUUAUGCGAUGGGCCGGUCUUGUCUCUGCAUCUCCAAACUAUCUUGGUGUGAGCAAUGGGACUGGUCAGAGCUGGUGAACAACUACGCGGCGUGGUGCGAGAUGGUGAUCAGGAAUGACCAAGUCUUUGAUGUUGAGACGUCACCACUUCCGCUCGAAGUCGCCAGGAGGAAAGCAGGCAAGAAAUCUUUGGCACAGAUUUGCCAGGAACAGCUACGUAGAAGACCCUUCAGGGAUAUCUCGAAGCCGGAGGAGCCAUCUGACUUAGAGCCAUCUGAUCCUGAGCUCGAUGACAACAAUCGCCCUAAGAAGAAAUCGAGACGAAAGAAGAAGAAGGGCGAUGUUUACAGAUGCCAUGUGUGCAGUCACAAAGACUACACUCAUCGCUUGGCGUUUUGCUCGAAUCAAGGUUGUCGUGAGGCAUACUGCUUCGGUACGCUGUACCGAGGGUUUGACCUAAUGCCACAGGACGUUCUGCAAGACGAAAAAUGGCAAUGUCCCAAAUGCAGGAAGAUAUGCAAUUGCGGUGGUUGCCGUCGGCUGGGUAAUACUACGCCAUAUCAACCUAAAAACACAUUUAUUGGCCACGAUACGCGAUCCGUUGCUGAUGAUCGGAGCGUGGAAUCGUUGGUCGACUUCCGCCUGCACAACCUGAACUGGCUUAAGGCUGCUGGUGACGAACCCCGGAACCAUAAUAGCAAGCGCAUGGAGCGGCUUCGACAGCAGGCUGAUGCAGAAAAGGCGAAAGAUGGUGCUUCACGCGAUGCUGUUGGCCCUGCACUGGCUGAUGGUGUGGCUGCGACCAUGGAUCACACAAUGCCAGAGUCCAUGCCGGAGGGCUUUGAUGAUCUCCAGAACGCCGUCAGGGCCGAGAAUGUGCCCGCUGAUUAUAGCAUAGGCGAUCCUAGCGCUCACCAGCAAAACGAAAACGGCGGCCCAGCUGAGGUAGCCGAUAUGAUGACAGCUAUAAGCCAAGAUCCAUCAAGCUACCCUGAUCCCUCGAUGUAUCCUGACCCAUUGAUGAUGGGCGGAGAACGAAGAUUGGGGAUGGGCUACUACGAACAUGACGACACUCCGGACAAGAUUUUGUUUGACCCUUAUCAGAUGCCCUCUGCCGAUGUCAUUGCACUUGAUGAUGAGCCCUCUGAGUUUGUUAAGAAGACGCUUCGGGCUGCCAAAAGACGUGCGCGUCUAGAUGAUGACAAUGAUCCGGAUUUCCUAGCCCCCAAAUCCCAUAAGAAACGGCCAAGGCUUGAGAAAGAUAUGCUUGUGGAUCCUGCCAUGACACUGGAUCCAGCGUUCUUGACACAGGACAACACGAUGACAGAAGCUCAAGCGAAUGGAUCCACUGAACCGGAGCCAGAACCUGCAAACGUGGAGGAGGAUGAACCUGAAGAGGAGGAUCGAGAAGACUCUGCAGACCAAUACAAACCCUACGAGCCUAAUGUUCCUGCCCUUCGACACUCAAAACCAAAGGUUUCUUAUGCGGAUUUCGAGCAUGAUGUUGAAGAGUUCAACGAUGUUGUACCUGUCAAGAAUACGGCUGACACAGGGGACAAUGAUGCACCGUCUCAAGUUACAGAUCCUCUUGAUGCCGCUGCGAAUGCUAUACGGGCAUUGACGGGGACGGAUACACCACAGGAAACUACCCCGGCUCCGACUCGGGUCGCAGCAUCUUCUAGCACGGGACGCAGACCCAGCAUCGCAAAAGCGGCGUGGGAGACCACCAAGAAAGUCAUUCGUCACCACUAUAGCUACAGGCAAGCCAGCUAUGGCAUCCACUGA